AUAAGAUUGAUAAAUUCCACCUGGCCCAAUAACAAAACAAUUGUUCCCAUCGCUUAGCCAAUAACAACCCACUUUUAGAUUCCCUCCAAAUCCUACUACAAUCCUUUAUCCACUCCUUUUCCUUGACCUUCAUAUUCCAAACCUUUCUUUCAAUUAGCUUAGCUACCCCCAAAAAUCUUUCCCAUAAGCUCCAAGAACUACAAUCAUGGCUGCCAACACACUAAUGAGUUGUGGCAUAGCCACCACCGCAUUCCCUUCAGUCCUUUCCUCUUCCAAGUCCAAGUUCACCGGCGGCGCUGUGUCAUUUUCUUGUCCUGGUGCCAAUGUUAGCCGUGUUAGCAUGUCAGCUGACUGGAUGCCUGGUCAGCCUAGGCCACCUUACCUUGAUGGUUCAGCACCAGGUGACUUUGGGUUUGACCCACUAAGGCUUGGUGAGGUCCCUGAGAACCUUGAGAGGUACAAGGAAUCUGAGUUGAUUCACUGCAGAUGGGCCAUGCUUGCUGUUCCUGGUAUCUUGGUACCAGAGGCCUUGGGGUAUGGAAACUGGGUAAAGGCUCAAGAAUGGGCAGCAAUUCCUGGUGGACAAGCAACUUAUUUAGGCAAUCCUGUUCCAUGGGGUACCCUUCCUACCAUCUUGGUCAUUGAAUUCCUAGCCAUCGCCUUUGUUGAGCACCAACGCAGCAUGGAGAAGGACACCGAGAAGAAGAAGUACCCCGGUGGUGCUUUCGAUCCCUUGGGAUACUCCAAGGACCCCAAAAAGUUCGAGGAAUACAAGGUCAAAGAGAUCAAGAAUGGUCGUCUUGCAUUGUUGGCAUUCGUCGGAUUCUGUGUUCAACAAUCAGCUUACCCUGGCACUGGACCAUUGGAGAACUUGGCAACUCACUUGGCUGAUCCAUGGCACAACAACAUCGGAAAUAUCAUCAUCCCCAGAUCAAUUAUGCCUUGAUGAUGAUGAUGAUGGAAUAUUUAUUUUAAUAUAUUUUCCAUUCACCCAUUGUAAAACUCCAUGUAAUCAUGUGUAAUGAAUCAGAAUUCAUGACUUUGUUAUGUGUAA